AUGUCAUCACUCCCACCAUUAUACCCUUCAGCAGCCCUCAUAGCGACAGCCUUAGGUCUACAUGGAUAUCGUAAAGGGUCAUUAUCGUUAGACGGAGCUAUUGCAGCUUGGUUGGUGGGGUAUGGACAUCUUGCGAAUCCCAUAAAAGUCUUUGGGAUCACUAUGAUUGGAAUGUAUCUCAUUGGAAGUAGGGCAACCAAGGUCAAAGUCGACGUAAAAGCCAAACUUGAAGAUGGACCCGAUCCCUUGAAACCAAGUGGGAACCGAAAUUGGAUACAGGUGUUGUCGAACUCUCUUCCUGGUUUGAUAGCUGCUUUGUUAUAUAGAUUCGGACCUGCUUCUCAGCUUGACAAAUCAUCUGUCAAACUCGCUCUUCAUCCUCGCGCACAACCAUUGAUAUACACUUCACUAGGCCUAAAUGCAACGAUCCUAGCCGACACUCUCGCCUCGGAAUUAGGUAUCUUAUCGACCAACCAACCUAUCUACUUACCCACCCUGAGAGCGGUACCGAAAGGAACGAACGGUGCGAUCUCACCUUUGGGUAUCGGUAUGUCAGUGUUAGGUGGAGGAAUGAUAGGUCUCAUCAUGGGUCUGGAUCUUCUGGUGGAGAAUCCUGUAUCGGGGAACGAGCUGGGAUGGAUGUGGGAAUUGGUAGGGGUCGGAGCUGGAUUGGGUCUAGCGGGGAGUUUGCUCGAUUCGAUACUCGGUGCAUUCCUCCAAGCAACUCACUUCUCAACGUCCACUAAUCAGAUCUUGACUGAUUCGUCGAAAAAAUCAAUCACAGACGAAGACGUCAAAAAGAUAGGAUAUGGAAUCAACGUUCUAUCCAAUUCUGGUGUGAAUUUCGUCUGUGGGCUUGUCUUGAGUGGAGUUGGAUGGUGGUAUGGUAGUAGAUAA